AUGCCCGGCCGCUUCGGGGAGGAGAGCGAGGCUGUCCUCGCGCUGAUUUCUGGCUCCCUCGACCAACCAGCGGGGGAGGCGGGCGCAGGCUCGGCCCCUCGGCGCCGCGGGCCGGCGCCGGCGCUCCCCGGGGGCCGCGGGUGCUCCCCGGCCGGCUCCCGGGAUGCUCGGGGCGCCCGGGGAUGCCGGCGCGCAGACCUGGAAUGGAAAAUUAUCUAUGUGGGCUCUGCAGAAAGUGAAGAAUACGAUCAAGUUUUAGACUCUGUUUUAGUGGGCCCUGUUCCUGCAGGAAGGCAUAUGUUUGUAUUUCAGGCUGAUGCACCUAAUCCAGGACUCAUUCCAGAUGCAGAUGCAGUAGGUGUAACAGUUGUGCUAAUUACAUGUACCUAUCGAGGUCAAGAAUUUAUUAGAGUUGGUUAUUAUGUUAAUAAUGAAUAUACCGAGACAGAAUUAAGGGAAAACCCACCAGUAAAACCAGACUUUUCCAAGCUUCAAAGGAACAUUCUAGCAUCCAAUCCCAGAGUCACCAGAUUCCACAUUAAUUGGGAAGAUAACACAGAAAAACUGGAAGAUGCAGAGAGCAGUAAUCCAAAUCUACAAUCACUUCUUUCAACAGAUGCAUUACCUUCAGCAUCAAAGGGAUGGUCCACAUCAGAAAACUCACUAAAUGUCAUGUUAGAAUCCCACAUGGACUGCAUGUGACCACUUGCCAUCCCUUUAGUACAAAUUAAGCUAUAAAAACAUACAGAACUAUUUCCCUGAAAUUCCGUAAGUACAUAGUCAAGAUACAAUGUGAAGAAUUUGUUUAAAAAACAUCCUGUAGAAAGUUUAUAAGAAAACCAGUAUUUGAGCAAAUUGUGGAAUAUAAAUACAACUAUUUUUAAGUAAUUUUUUUCUCUAAUGUGUUAUUUUAUUUGUUCUGAAACUAAUCUGAUUAAAACAUAUAUUAUUUUCUUCUCUAUAUGUAAUUAAAGCACUUAUAAAGAAAAAUCAAUCAGCAGACCAGGUUGUAAAGAUGUCUUAGCCUCUUGGACAAUAAUCUUUGGACCACUAUUUUACUAACUUUGGAAAGAACAGAGUUCGCAUCAACUAAAAUGUGUCUUCCUGUGAUAACACAAAAUUUGGUUUGAUUUAAGGGGCAACUUUCCAUUCUUUCUUUGGGGCAUGUCCUUAAAGAAGAGACUUGAAGUCGACUAUAUGCUACUAAGAAUUUUAGAAUCUGAUUUUCCAGGCCACCUUGAAGCCUUUUGUAGCUGCUAUUCGGUUUGUGUAAUGUUAGCAUUCAGUUUGGUUUCUAAGUUAACAAAUGUGGUUAACUGUUUAUAAGGUCCUCUGGUUAUGAUUUUUGUUUUUAUAACAGUUUAGGACAUCAGAACACUUCCUGAAUCAUACAUCAUUAUCACCCAGUGAAUUCAGUACGUGAAGAACAGAUACAAACUCCCUAAGUUUAAGAAUAGGAAAGUAUGACUUGGUUCUGUUCAUUAGAUUUAUAAAAAUACUAUGGACUCAACUCUUUAAAAGUGUUUUGAUAGGUCAUCUGUUGUUAGCAGCAUUUAUAUAAAAACAGUGGAUUUGGAAAGAUAUUUAGCUUUGUCAUAAUAGAUAGGUUACUAUUUUGGAACUAUAUAUAUUUUCACAUGUACUCUUCUCCAUAUCCCCUGACAUUCAUGCACAAUAAGAUUAGGCAUAUUUGUGGCUAACAUAUUCUAGAUAGCUUUUCCAGAUAAGUUUUUUAAAAGCAGUCUUGGAAAGGAAUGCAUUAACUAAAUGGGCCAAAAGUUUCUUUUUUCUUUUCUUUUUUUUUUUUUUUUUUUUGAUGAGAGCUAGGUCCUUCCUCAAAAAAGUUUCUUAUUCUCCAUUAAAUUAAGUGUAGAAUAUUCUCAUUAUUCUUGCUGGUAAGCAAGACAUUAGCCAUAUGAUGCAGUUAUGCAGUGCCUUCAUAUCUAAAACUUUUAUACUGCACUUUUUAAAGCUUUUAUUUUGAGGAAGGGAAAGGGGCAUUUGUCUGAAUAUGGAUUCUAAGUUGUAUAUAUUUCCUGUCAUUCUAAAAAGUGAAUUUGUGAAGCAAAAUUUUGCUAAAUGUUAAACUUUGAAAUUUAAUAUACCAUAUUAUUAAAAUACUGUCCACUAACUAGUUCAUAGACUUUAAAAGUAAAAUAUGUCCAACUGUUAAAACAAUAUGAAGAAAAUUUCAUUUUUGUCUACUUGCAAUUAAAAGAAAAUGUUAAAAUAUUAAAAUGAAAAUAAAAGUAAUAAUUUCCAACCAAGAGCUCAGUGAUUAAUAUAACAGGAACACAAUAUUAGAAAUAAAGCAUAUAUAAGCCAAAUUA